AUGGUUCGUUAUAACUUCAGAAGUUGUUGUUGACCGCCUAGUCGAAUACAUCUAUGACUAAAACAAUAGAAUAAAUGAAUUAAAGAAAUUAAAUUGAGUACUGAACUAUAUUCAUGUAUUUGAAGACUAUUUCGUCCCGAAUUUUGAUAUUUUUUUUUCAAUUAAAAAAAAGUUUUUGCAAAUAAAUGUCAUUAAUUUUGAAUUCACGAAUUCCAUGUUUCCAUAAGAUAACAAGCGUAAUGUACAGAUAUUUGCAGAUAUGUCUAAAUCUCUUAUUUUGACACAAUAUUCCAAAAUUGUGUAGAAGCUCGACCUUGGUGGCAAUGACCUAUUCACGAAGGGAACGAUUUUUGGCAUAAGAAAAAAGUUUCUUUUUUGAAGUUUCAAUAGGAUAAUUACCGGUUAGAUGUCGUGAAGAACCGGUUUAUCGUCUUCAGAAAAAAUAUUCUCAAGGAAUUUUGCUUUCGAUGUAAACUACAUAGCUCCAAUCUUUAGCCAUUUUUUUGUUUCGUAGCUGUUCUAGGGAACUAACGACUCUAGAAUCGGCAUCAAAAUUUGAUAAUAAUUUUGGGAUGAAAUUUUUAUUGAAAACGAUUCACUAGUCGAAAAAUGAAGACGAUGCUCAAUCGUUUUUUUUUCAUCUUCUUGUCCUUUUCGAAGCCUUCUGUUAGUUUUUUGUUUGUCUUUUUUUUUCCUUGGAAUUUAUGUAAAAACCUUUCUAGAUGCCAAUAUUUAUUAUAGACGCUUUACUAUAAGAAAAAGAAAGGUGGUGUUCAUUCGUAGGCACGAGCGUUGGCGUCACCUCCCCACUGGAGCCAGAGAAGGCCGUUGGCCGAGGCGACGAGGGCCGCGAAGAUGGUGAGGAUGGUGGAGGACGACAUCUUCCGAUGGAUUCUCGAGGGGAAGAAGAAGACUUUUAUAGGUUGGAUCUAGUGGUUCUCAAGGAAAAGUUAAAUUGAAAGAUGGGAACUGACUAGAAGUUCAUGGAACUUUCCCAGGACUUGAUUUGGUUCCCUUUCUUCAAUUUGUACUAUCCUUGAGAACCGUCCAGAUUCAACCUAUAAAAUGGGCCUUCUUCCCUCGAGAAUCCAUCGGAAGAUGUCGUCCUCCACCGUCCUCACCGUCUUCGCGGCCCUCGUCGCCUCGGCCAACGGCCUUCUCUGGCUCCAAUGGGGAGGUGACGCCAACGCUCGCGCCUACGAAUGA